AUGGCUUCCUGUGACAACGAGCCACAAACAAACGAUCGUCUACGUCGACAACUUACAAUGCAUUUACAACUUCUCUGCUCAACCUUGUUAGUUUGUUCGCACAGGGUGGACUUAGAGACACCGGUUUGUAAUGCCAUCCGUGUGUUAUUUGCGGAUUUCUAUUCUACUUUCCAAGAUGCCAAAUCCAACCCUCUUUCUUAUGUAACUAACCUCUCAGAACUAGAUGAUACUUUUUCCUCAGCUUAUGCAUUUAUGUCAGAGUUCGCUGGCCUCUCUAUUAUACCCUUACCACCUCGAGUUAAUCCCAGUUCAGCUUUUAAUCCCCCUCUUAUUCCCCUACCAUUUACUGUUCUCGACUUCAUCCUUCGUAGUCCUAUUUGGGCAUAUCCUCAACUCCUACCUCAUGGGCUGGCGUCUAGACCUCAUACUCUCUCUAAAAAGUUUUUUACAGACGACGAAGAUUGUCUCUUUGUACUUGGGCUGGCGAAUAUUAUCGAAUUCGCACCGCACAAAUUCCAACUCUUUCUUGAAACACUUAACUGUGGAGAGAAAACCAAGACAACUAAACGAGGUGAGAAGGCAGAUUUAAGAAAGUCGAAAGUGUACAGUUAUAUCAGAAAAAGCCUUAUACCCACCAAAUCAACCGUACAACUGCAGAAUCGCAAAAACUAUAUCGAGAAUGAUAUUCGGAGGGAUAAAUUUGGUGUUCGACGCAGUUCCAAGUCCUCUUUCUACCUUCUUCUUUGUGAUUUGACGUCAGGAAAUUUUGCUGAUCUUGAAGCUCAGCGGAGUCUUUUAAGGCUGUGUGUCUCGAAUUUUGCUAGUCGGACCGUCUCCGGGAGUACUUUGAAUCAGGUAAUUGGGGGGAGUGUAGUGACGGUACAACUUGGAAGUACAUUUUCUCGUCCUUUGUGCUGGAAAAAGUUACCCCCGGAGUAUAUGCAAUGUUGUAUGGCUCUGCAUAAACAGGUUGUUCUUGGUCAAACAGGAACACCACAGCCAACUAUUGAUUCUUUGCUACCUAAAUACCUAUCGGCUAUUAAAGGCAUGAAAAACUUCUUUCUGGAGGCAAUGUUAACCUGGUGGCCGACCAAUGAAUCUGGAACAACGUUUGAACAAGAUGAUGAAAAAGAAGAAGGAGAAGUAGAUUGCCGUUUUGUGAAGAAAGAACGUACUUCCGAGGUCUUACCACCUAUUACGUCUGAUCGAACCCCUUUAAUAACUCAAUAUUCGUCGCCAUCAACGAAUGUCAAUCUUUCAACUCCCGUCACUGACGUGCCUUCCACUUCACAUCAACGGGGAGUUCAGGUUGCCACCAGUACUGUCUCUCCGAAUCGACAACAACGGACUUCCGCAUUGCCAAUGCCUCCUUUGAACGUAGUCCUUUGUCAAAUGCCCCUCUCCACAACCCAACUACAACAUCGUCCACCAGUCUCUGGUGGUAUUAUUUCUAAUGUCUCAAUUCAGACAAUUCCUCCUACUUCUCAACCUGCUUUAAUAAUUCCACAAACCAGUCAUAAAGGCACUUCUCCAAAGGAACCUGCACCUACGCCAUAUUUUAAAUCUAUAUCAGCCAAACCACCGCCACCCAAAAAGAAUGCCGAGCAUUCUCCUCAUUCUCGUCAGAAAAUUCCCUCUAAAAGAGCAACAACAUUAGCAGGAACCACACCCAAGCAAUCUCCAUCUUUUUUGCCUCAGGUUGGAAAGACAAUUUCCUCAUUUCACGUAGUUCUUGAUCGAGGUCUUAGGGGAUUGGCACCACCAGCAUGUUCCAGCGAAUCUUCUGAUACCGCGCGCCUCCUGCGUCGUUGUCGUCGCGAAAGUCCUGCUUGGUUACCUAAUAUCCCCAAAACCAUUACUGUGACAGAUGAAUCAGACGUUCGAAGAGCUCGAUGUCUUCUAGAUCGAAUUCAUAUGCAUCUGGGUCGCCAAGUCUACACUCAGGUUGUUCUCGCUCUUAGAGAAGACCCACCUUCCUUGGAAUGCAUUCUCCGUCUCCUUUCGCCAUCCCGUCCCCUCUGGGAAGAGUUUAUUAACCUCUGUCUGACCCAUGGGCAAGCUAGAUCAUUUCAACUCUAUCCCACAUAUGCUCAUCUUCGAAGAGUUGGAGAAAUCCAUUCCCUCUUAAAGUAUUCCCUUCCCCGAGCAACUAGACUUUGGGCUAGGCUUAGAAAAUUAGCUGACUCUCGCGAGUCGGGAGAAUUGCGAAUUCCAGCCACAGACGAAGCUCCAACCUUAUCAGAUUCUCUUCUCAGGCGUCCAAAAAAGCGUCGACGUAGGAGAAAAAAACGACUCAGUGGAGAAGAUGAGCAAGAAGAGAAGCAAAAACCAGCUAUAGAUGUCUAUCGAACUGCGUGGUCGCUAUUAGAAAUUGCCCUGAAAGACCGGUUUGCUCUUCAUGCUCAAACCGCCAUUUCGCUGGACCCCAUGCAAAAGCCGUACUCAAAUUUCCCACAAACUUUUGAGGUCGUCGAUACUUUGGCAAGAAAAAAAAUUUCCUCCAUGGGAGUGGACUCUUCUCGUACAAAUCUACUUCCGAAUGAGAGUGGAUCGUUACCUGCACCAUUGCCUAGACUUGUGGAGGACCCGUCGUUUGUAGAGACCUCACAAUGGGAGACGUCUACAGAGUUAUCGUCGAAUGCUUCGACUAUAGUGAAAUCGAAGGCGGCGAAUAGAUGCCCUUGUCCCUGUCAUGUUGGGAAAGCAAUGAAGACAGAGGUCUUUCAGUUGCAGACCCCCUCUCCUGGUGGUAGGCCAGCUGCUAAAGCCGAUAGUCUUGGAAUGCGGCAUUGUAUUCGGUGUAGUCUUAGGGUUCAACAGGGUAUUCUCUAUGUGGAUGAAUGUAACUUUCAUCUGAAUCAUGUGAAAAUCAGCUGGCCUAGUGGAUUCGUUCCACCUUCUGCAAGUACAAGCGCGUUUUCUCCUAGCAGUCUCAACAACACAGCUCCACCACCUUGUCUUACUACCACUUCUGCUACAGCACAACAGGCUUUACAAGCUCUUGGGGAGUAUGUAGAAUCCUCUACCUCGUCGAAUACUCGAACCGAUGAGAUUUCUGUGCCGGACUUGGCAAAGCGGCAGGUGUCGGUGAAUUUUGAGGAAUUGGUGCUGCCACAAACUUGGAAGGUGCAUGAUCUUCCUGGAUCCAUUUCGGAGUCAUUGGCAGUGGAACAGGAUGAUGAGGAAGAGGAAGAAGAGAUUGAAGAAGAAGCAGACUCUCAAGGCGGCGAUGACUUUUUGUUCGAUGAACCCUGCGAAAAUUCGCCCUCCUUCUUCCAACCUCCACCAAUUGAAAUUGACGACGAGGCCUGUUUCAACACGGAAGCCUUCUAUCAACGCUAUGAAGAGACCGACGACACGGAGGAUGAGCUUGGAAAUCGAAAGGAGAAGGCGGUGGUGCCAAUUCCUUCGUCUGUACCUCGUCGGCAACAGUGCACUCUGAACACUGCUGAGGAAGCUGAAACGGAAGCUACGUGGUCAAUGGCAGAAGAUCGAAAGUUACUGGAGUAUUUCAAUGGUAUCGAGAAGUGUACAGUUAGUCACUUUCGGGAUCUGGCUGCUGAAUGGCCUCAAAGAUCACCACAGGAACUAGCUGCUCGAUUCAAGUACCUUAUGCUUGUGGCAUAUGGAGAAGAUUGCACAAUUGGGGAUUUAACAAAGUCACUCGAACAAGAUCAAUCUAAAGACGGUGGAAGUGAAGCAAGAGAAGGAGAAGAUUAUAUGUAUUCAAUACGCUUGUAA